AUUAUUAUUAUUAUUAUUUUAACCUGUGCAGAAGUGACGCCUCAGACACUACGUGAUGUUUAAUGAAACUUUCACUUUCCAACACUGUUGCACACAAGAGAUCGUCUUAUCGCUUAUUGGCUCUUUUUUAAAAUCUAGAAAACAAGUGCUAUAGUUGUGGAAAUAGCAGUGUAAACAAUUAACUUGACACGGAACUGAUCAUUAUUCUUAUGAGAAACGGAUUGAUUUGACUGACGGACUCGGCGCAUGCGGAUUACAAACAGGAAACAACGUCUCUUUUGGGUUUGUAAUUAAACGAGCUGCGCAUGCGCACAUCCUAACACUGGGUGAUCUCAUAAAAAAAGUCUCUCUUGUUUCCACAGUGAGGUGAGGUUUCCAUGGAAAUCGUCUCUAAGGAGAUGGCGCGUGCAGUCGGUGCUGAACGACAGCGAGAUGAAAACAUAGUUAAAGAACGGAAGGAAUGCACAUGGACCUGGAGUGUACCAAAGCUGGAAGCCUCGAGUGAUGAGGAGGUCGUUUCGAGAGGAUUAAGUGAUGACGUGUGCUGUUUGUGUGGGGGAAACGGCACUUUUCUGGACCAGCCGACUGAGCAUUUUAUUAAGCACACAGAUGAGGUUUGUUGCCACUUGUGCCCGACGAAAUUCUCCCAUAUAAACUCGCUGGACUUGCACCUGAAAAAUGCCCACACCAAAUACAAUAUAUUCUGUAAAAGCUGCAGCAUGGGGCGACAUCGACCAAAGCAGUGGACUGUUGAAACCGACAAGACACUAGAGACCCCAAAAAUGACACAACUUGAUGAGGAGGUGGAGGAGGUCAAAAUUGAGAAUGAGGAGUUUGAAAUAAAGUAUGUGAAGGAGGAAGAGGAGGUUGUUGUUGGAGAAAUGGAGGAAACAGAAAGAAACAGCAUUACGGAGACUUCCGAGGAUGAUAAGAUGUUCAACAGAAGCUUGCAUGAUCAUAACUAUUUCUUAUCACAAGCAAGCAGCUCUAUAAGAGAAACUACCAAGAAGGUUGUUAUGUAUACCAGCAACGAAAAUGUGCUUGUUCUAAUUAAUAAAACAAACAAGGGAAUAUCCCCUAAUGAUGCAUAUCGUAAAAGUAACCAGCAGGAGACCUCAGUGGAUGAUCAGACCGCGUGCAAAGGCACAAAUGAUCAUAAUUACUUUUCCUUUCAAAGCCUUGAAAAUCACACGCUCCUUGUAGAACAAGCACCAGUUCCUGAAGACAUACAUGUGUUUAAUGAUAAAGCAGACAGUAGGAUAUUCUUUAAGGACCCAGAAAGUACAGAAAGUCACCAAAAUCAAGAACAGGAGAAUGAGUUGGUGUCGAGUGGCUUGAUUGAUCACACUUAUUUCUCCAGACAAACACUCGCAAAUCAAGCUGUUCUCUCUAAACAAGUACAAAGUAAAGAAAAUAUACUCAAUAAUCCAAGUCAUGGAAAUAAUGUCACUAUGACUGAUCAAGAAACCACUAUGUUAGAAGCUUCACAUUUGGAGGAAAAAAUGGAGGUGGAAGAAGAACUUUGUGAAUUUGAACUCGUUCAGGAAGAUGAAGAAAUAGAAGAACAUGUGGGAAGGAUUCAGAGAAGUGACCAUGAGGACAGUGACACAUGUAAGGGAGAUCAGUGCUCAGGUACAGUAUCUUGCACAUCCACAGGCACUAAUGAUGACAGUUCAGUUAAGGAUUGUCAGACAAGGAUCGCGAUUCAGAAACAAAAUGAUCACAACAGUAACCAGAAACCACUCAGGCCUGUAGGCGCUGUAAAUUCAUAUCCUGCCAACAGUUUAUAUAAAGACCUACAGACCUGUGCAUACUGUGGCCUUAGCAAACUUCCCAACACUGUAGACUCUAUGGUACAGUGCACAUGCACUCAAGCGUUUACAUGUUCUCUGUGUGUAAUUUCGUUUAGCACCGAACAAAUGCUACUGACCCAUCAAGCAGAGAAGCACCCUUUAGCCAAAUAUAUGUGUGGGAAAUGCCUGCAGCUAUUUCACACCCAAAAUAUUUUCAUACAGCAUGUUUGUAGCAAACCCAAGGGUUUCAGUGAAAAUUUUUUAACCCCAUUCAACAUCUCAGACAGUUCAAAAGAGCUAUUGCUCAGGAUUCUGAACAUUGCUCCAUCACCUGCUGCUGCAGAGUCUUCAAAGCAACCCCUGAGCUGUCAAGGAGUCGACAUUAUAAAAAAACCUCAAAACCUUGAAACUAUGCCGAAUUCCACUUCACAUUCAUUGCCCAACAGUGCAUCUAUCUCCGAGACACAAAAGGCCCCAGUUCAAGUAACGGUCACUAGGACAAAGAGUCAUUCCCAGAAAAACAAUUUGACAUGUUGCACCUUAAAUGGAGACCAAGGACAAGUGAUGAUUCCCAUUUCUACAGGUACUGAGAAACAAAUUGGGAAGGUGCAGGUUUUAAGUCCAUUGCAGGCCAAAUUGGUGACUCCAACUUCUUCUUCUACUUCUUCUAAUCCUAAACAAAUCCACUUUUCACCCCAGAGCCAAGGACAACUGACAGCCAUUCCUACAGUUACUGAGACAAAAUGUGGACAAAUUCAGGGUUUAACUCCACAUACACCUGCAGGCAGUGCAGAGCUGAGGACAAGAAUUGUCCAGCCUCAGCUGCAUCCGACGUUUGGAGUCCACUUACCUCAUUCUUUUCAAUCCCAAAUUUCUAACUCAGUGUCUAUCCCAUCUCAAACAGACCAGCUCCCUAAAUCCAGUGUUCCCUUCUUGGAUAUUUGUAGGUCUUCUCAAUCUACCAAGAUCCACCCUUCAUCCCCCGGGCCUUUAAAAAUAGUGGCCAUGUUUGUGAACCAGAGCAAGGAGCUGGCCCUGCAGAAGCGCAUGUGCCAGAGUUGGCGUUCCAAGGCUGUGUUCCCAUGCCGGCAGUGUGGCGCUUUGUCACGCCAGUUCUCACUAGGUGUACGCCACCGCUAUCAACACCGUGGGCCACGCCUUUACAGAUGCAAGUGUGGCAGAACCUUCCAUCAGCGCAUGCACCUGCUGCGCCAUCAGGUUCAGCAUGCCGAGGCCACACGCUACAUCUGUGCUGCCUGUGGCCAGAUGUUCUGUGGUACGAAGCAGCUGGCCUGCCAUAGGCCCCUAUUCAGGAUCACACAAUCAAAUAGAAAAAAACAAGCAAAUAAAGAGUGCAGGAACAUUUUUCAAUGCAACUGUGGCCAUUCCUUUGCAAGACCUGCUGCGUUAUUGUGGCAUAUGUUAAAAAACUCCAAAGCCCGGAAACCGCGCUUAAAAGGCUUACAGUAUAUUACUGUUCAAAUUGACUAAGUUUCAAAGUGAAAUAGAUUGCUGUCAGUGAAAUUGACAAAGACUGCUAGAGUGGCUAUUUUUUCUGCUGUUAAAUAAUCCUACAAAGUCAGCUUGGCAUUAAAAUCCCUGUGGUGUUGAACUGGAUAAUCAGAUGUUAUUUUUAGGAGUCUGAUUAAUGUACACUCAUUACUACAGACCAUAUUUGUAAUAAACCUAUGCUUUGUGAAUGUUG